AUGAUAAGUACAAGCACAAGAAAGCCGCUACAAGUCUCGAAAAGUCGCUCGAUACAAACGGGAGAGACGAUUUAUCAACUGGAUCCGCGAAAUAGCACGCAUACGACGAACGACGAGCUAUCGAGCCAACAUGUUUUGCCACCGCUGAAGACCGCAACAAAAACGCUGAAACAACAAUCGCACGAGCCAAAUAACACGCUCCCGCAUUUGGGAGGCGUUCAGGUACAACAGCUAUUCGAAGAGGAGACAAACCAUCGUGGGAAAGUCGAAGGAAACGCGAACAAUUUGCCUUCUGUUCGCGCUACUACGAACAGUCAUACUUCAACACCAGCGGACGAUAUCAAUAAUAAUAAUCAUCAAGACAGGAAAUCCAGUGCCGAAUCGUCGACCGGCAAAUCUAGGACUUUACCAAUGACUCCAGAGAAGGCCAUGAAGGUCUUUAUGACUAAACUAACACCCUUUGAACAUCAUGAGAUAUUUAACUAUCCUCAUAUAUAUUUUACCGGACCCAACGCGAAGAAGCGGCAAGGUGUCAUAGGAGGGGCGAGUAAUAAUGGAUACGACGACGAACAGUGCUCCUAUAUUCACGUUCCACACGAUCAUAUAGCUUAUCGUUACGAGGUUUUAAAAAUUAUCGGCAAGGGGAGCUUUGGACAAGUUGUGAAAGUCUACGAUCAUAAAACGCAGAGUUAUGUUGCGCUCAAAAUGGUCCGCAAUGAGAAACGAUUUCACCGACAAGCCGCUGAAGAGAUUCGAAUUUUGGAACAUUUGAAAAAGCAAGACAAGGAAAAUAACUAUAACAUCAUACAUAUGCUGGAGAGCUUUCAAUUUCGAAAUCAUAUCUGUAUUACAUUCGAACUGCUGAGCAUGAACUUGUACGAGCUUGUCAAGAAGAACAAAUUCCAGGGUUUCAGUUUACAACUCGUCCGAAAGUUCGCUCAUUCGAUUCUGCAGUGCUUGGAUGCGUUGCACAAGAAUCGAAUUAUCCAUUGCGAUAUGAAACCGGAAAAUAUACUGCUCAAACAACAAGGAAGGAGUGGGAUAAAGGUUAUAGACUUUGGCUCCAGUUGCUACGAACAUCAGAGAAUAUACACGUAUAUUCAGAGUCGAUUCUACCGAGCGCCAGAGGUAAUUUUGGGUGCGAAGUAUGGGAUGCAAAUUGACAUGUGGAGUUUUGGUUGUAUCUUGGCGGAAUUGUUGACGGGCUAUCCUAUUUUUCCCGGGGAAGACGAAGGCGACCAACUCGCGUGUGUUAUCGAGUUAUUAGGCAUGCCUCCUGCUCAAUUUAUCGAGCCACACAGCUCGAAACGUGCGAAGAAUUUUUUCAGUUCGAAAGGACAUCCUCGCUAUUGUACUGUUACAACUUUGCCCGAUGGGGAAACGGUUUUAACCGGCGGUCGCUCGAGACACGGCAAAACCAGAGGUCCUCCUAGCUCUAAGAGUUGGGUUACGGCAUUAAAAGGAUGCGACGAUCCUUUGUUUAUCGAUUUUUUGAAGAAAUGUUUGGAAUGGGAUCCGUCACAACGUAUGACUCCUUCUCAGGCACUUCGACAUUCGUGGCUGAGGAGACGUCUGCCUAGAGCCCCUGACAACUCAACUACACAUAGAGCUAACCCGCCAGUAUCAGCCGACAAGAAGCACCAGAGACUGCCCUCUAGUUCUACCAAACUUCCUCCAACCCUACCUACUUCUGCGAAGGCGAAAGCGAAGAAACCCAACGAGAAUUUGUCGGACACGAAUCGAACUGUCUUGCCUAAAAUAAUCGGCAGGUGA